GGAAGGAAACUGGUGAUGACUCGGCACGGGAGCAAUUCCCUUCCAUUCGUCGUCUCCCCCCCGGCCCGAGCGAGACCGAGAGAGAGACUGAGGGAGCAGAGAGGCGAGGUCGGCAGGCCACUCCACUCCACUCCACUCCACCCCAUCCCACUCCACUGCCGCCGUUGCUUCCCCUUCGCCGCGCUCAGGCCAAGCCCCCACCCCGCCCUCUGGUCCCUUCCUCUCGCCGGCCGGGGGGCUCCCGAACCCUAGACAGCUCGCCCCGCCCCGCCCAGCAGGCAGCCGCAUCCUCGCUCGCCGCCUCGGAUCUCGAUUCCCCACUUGUCUCGAUCCCGCGCGGAAUUCAGCUGCCGCCACCUCGAUCCAACCCGAUUCCGCCCAUCUCAGGCUAUGGCCGCCGGGGGAGGCAGCGCCGACGACAUGCUGGGAUUCAAGGAGGACGACGCCAUGCGCUUCAUCUUCGGCGGGGACAUCAUGGGAAUGGACGACCCCGGCGCCUUCGACAGAUCCCUCAUGGAGCUUCAGGUCUUCAAGGAGGUCUUCUGCGGGGCUGCCACCACCACCCCCCAUCUGCCCGCUGAGACGGACCUUGGAUUCAUCCACACCCACCACCCUCCUGAUGAUCCACAGCUCCAAAUACCUCAGCCUCAUCCCCAGCUUCAGGACCACGCCCAGCCACAUGGGGUCGACUUGGAUGACGCCUUAAUGCAGGGCUUCAUGACUCACUGGCAGCCCGGGGCUAAGUGCGCAACUCAUCUGCCCGGGCUCUAUGAUGACCACCACCACCACUUCUUAGCUGCAGAUGCUGCUGUUACGAAUGAAGGCUUAACAGCUGCCACCAACGUUUUGGAUGUGCACGCGCAAGGGACACCUCAAGCUGCUGGACCUGCAGCAGCAACAUGCAAUGCACUCGUCGGUUUGGCUGGCAGCAGCAGCACUAGCGCGGUUGAUGACCCCAUGCCUUCCUACAUGGAAGCACUAGCUGAGAUUUCUGAGUUCCAAAGUGCCACUACUCUUCUUUCCGAUCCCUUCUUGCAUCAGUGGUUCCAGGAUCAGCAGCAAUACCCUACCGACGCGUGCUUCACCUACGAUCAAGGGCAGGUCGAUGACACUACCUAUCCCCUAUGUACAAGUAUAAAGGAAUUAUCUGACAGAGGGAGAGUACAGCAACAUCCAUUCUAUAGAGAAGAAGCUCAUGGUACUCCAACACUACCUCAGCAGUCCCAAUUUUGGUUCAGCCCGGCUCAGCUCACCGAACUUGAGGCCAUUUGCCAGAACGGCACGCCUGAUGCAAAUAUUAGUUCCCUGGAUGAAAUUGAUGUUCGUGGAUGCAGCAGCAGCGGACACUCUGGCUCCGCAGCUGCUGUUUCCAAGAAGGCUUUCGGCAGGGAUAUUCCUGAUCAGCUGGAAGCACACGCGCAUCGCCUUUUCAAGGAUGCUGGGUGGACUAUUAAGCCACGGAAAAGGAAUGACAGGGCUAAGAUGGCAUCCUACUUCACAGCUCCAAACAGGGAAGCGGUUCAUACCUCGCUAACUCAGGCUUGGAAGUUUUGUGGCAACAAGUUAUACGAAGCUUCCACAGAUUCAGAAAGGGGAAGGUAUCCAAAGGAGUGGUCAGAUGUUGAUGCAUUCUGGAAGGACCUCACGGAUACAAUGGCCUAUAUUGAUAGGAUGCUUGCAAAACAGCAAAAUGCACUCACACUUCUUCAGCGCUGGCAGAUUUUGGACCCUUUUGUAGCUGUUGUCUUCAUCAGUAGGAAAAUCACUGCUCUGCAGCAGCACAAAACUCUUAGAGCUGUCAACAGUUCAACCUUUGUACUUGAUGGCAGCACAGAUAUGCCAUCAGAAAGUAAGACCAUGCACAAAGCCAGUGAUUUGUUGGCAAGCCGAAUGAUUCAGUCUACUCCACUGAUCACAGACUCUGAUUGCAGCACACUUGCAACUGAGAGCUACAACGGGCAUCAGCCUUUACAGAGCUGUCAUGAUGUGGAGGACAGCAACAAUAGGGAUAUGAAUCCAAUGGUCUGCUGCAACGGGAGUCUGAAUUACAAUGCAAGCGACCAAACAAAACAUCACAUUUAUGCAGGCGAUGAUGGACGGCAAACCUAUGCUCAAGCAAAGGCUGUUAAUAGUUCUGUAAAAAAGUCAAAGAAGAAAUCUAAAAGGAUGUUUGAUACUGACGCAACUGGACUGGAUGGGUUGUGUUCUCAAAGUGUAAUGCAACCUACUAUGGAAAAUGUGUUUGACCAUGGGAGUAAUGUAGCAACCAUGGGCAUGCCUGGUAUAGUAAUCAUCAGUGCCUCUAUGGAACAUGGUAUGUGUUCAGGCGUUGACACACGUCAUAUGAAAGCUGAGUCUAAAUCAGAAAAGCUAGAUAAAGAUGUCCAAAGCAAUAAUUGUGACAUGUUCCUGUCUUCAGAGAGCAAGCAACUGAACAUGAUGCAGAGUGUAAGGACUGAAGAACUUAGGGAUUGCAAUACGUUCUCAGAUACCCACUGUACUGUAAGGGAGUCACAGUCAGAUGCUACAGCAUCCUGCCCUGAUGACAAGGCCCAGGAAAAGAUGAUCUCACCCCCUGGACAAUUUUCUGAGGAUCCACAAGAUGGUCUAACAGGCAAUACUGGAGUUCAAUCAUCCCAUGAAUGCAGUGCUACUGUUCUGGAAACUGAUCCAACUCGUGACUCACAAACCAGCAAGACAGCCACUGCUAAAAUGAAACCUAAAGGUUGGGAGAAGUACAUGAAGAAAAGACCUCGUGAAUUGAGGAUCAACGAUGAGGACCUUUUGAUCGCAGCUAUUGUGAAAAACAAGGAUCUUGUCUCCUGCCAUAAAUUUGCUGCAGGCUUUUCAGGUGCAAAGAAGUUCAAGAAGCUUAAGAGCCACAAGAAAUGUAAUAAACUACCUUUUAAAACAGGAAAGGCUGGCACAAACCUAUUGGGUGGGAAGAGAGUAUGUUUGGCCCGGAAAACUGUCAUCUGCUGGUUGAUUGCCACUGGCUUUCUGACUGUAAAGGACGUGAUACAGUACCGGGAUCCUAAGAGGAAUAAAGUUGUAAAGGAUGGUCUGGUUACCUGGGAAGGCAUUGUUUGCAAUUGUUGCCAAAAAACCUUAUCUGUAUCAGACUUCAUGGCUCAUGCUGGUUGUAGCAACCCAAAGUCCUCGUUGGGCCUCUUUCUAGAGUCAGGCAAGUCAUACACUUUGUGCCAGGUUGAGGCUUGGUCUGCUGAAUUUAUGAGCAGGAGAAACAAUGCAUUUGGUAGAAAAGUUGAGGCAAUAGAUGAAAAUGAUGAUACUUGUGGUUUCUGUGGAGAUGGUGGUGAAUUACUUUGCUGUGACAAUUGUCCAUCAACAUAUCAUCAAGCUUGCUUGUCUUCUAAGGAGCUUCCAGAAGGUAGUUGGUACUGCCACAAUUGCACCUGUCAGAUUUGUGGGAGGCCAGUUACUGAGAAGGAGGUUUCGACAUUCUCGGCUAUUUUCAAAUGUUUACAAUGUGGAGAUGCAUAUCAUGACACUUGCAUUGAACAAGAGAAGGUACCUUUUGAGGGUCAAAUAUCUGACACAUGGUUUUGUGGGAAAUAUUGUAAACAGAUAUUCAUAGGAUUACGCACUCAUGUUGGAACAGAUAAUAUUCUUGACAAUGAGCUUUCAUGGUCCAUAUUGAGAUGCAACAGUGAUGGGCAGAAGCUUCAUUCUGUUCAGAGGAUUGCCUACUUGGCAGAAUGUAAUACGAAAUUGGCAGUGGCUCUUACUCUAUUGGAGGAAUGUUUUAUUCGUAUGGUGGAUCCUAGAACUGGUGUGGACAUGAUACCUCAUGUCUUGUACAACAAGGGAUCAAACUUUGCUCGUGUGGAUUAUCAAGGAUUCUAUACGGUAAUCCUGGAGAAAGGUGAUGAAAUUUUAUGUGUGGCUUCUAUCAGAGUUCAUGGAACUAAAGCCGCUGAACUUCCUUUUAUUGCUACUUCUGUAGACUAUCGACGCCAAGGGAUGUGCCGUAUACUAAUGAACAUCAUUGAAAAGAUGCUGAGAUCAUUUAAUGUUAAGAUGUUGGUCCUUUCUGCCAUCCCAGAGUUGGUUAGCACAUGGGUGUCAGGAUUUGGCUUCAAACCUAUUCAAGAUGCUGAAAGGAAACAGCUCCAUAGUGUAAAUUUAAUGUUGUUUCCUGGAACAUCCUUACUAACAAAGAGAUUGGACGGAUCUAUUAUGACUAAAAAACCAGGUGAGGAAAAGGAUUUACUUGAAGAUUAUGGAUUGCCUAGGAAAUCAAGAGAGCAUUUUGAACUCCAUGACCUUGACUUGUCCGGGAAAGAGUUUAAAGCUGAGGUUUCAGUGGGUGGUCCAUUCAGAACACUGAAACAUGAAUGUGGUUCAGCAGCAUGGUUCCAGUCUACUAAGUUAGCUGUUGGGGAAGUGUGAUAUUCUUACAUACUAAAUAUCUGGGCCCAUGCGCUCCAUAGAUACCGGUUGCUUUGUGUUGGCCAAUUGUAUCUUUCCAGGUCACAGCUCAGCUUAAUAGUGUAUACCAGCAUCUCUGCCAAGCAAGUUUUCAUCAGACUGUUGGGAAAUGGAUCAAAUGAGCCACACACAUCCAAGGCUUUGGAUUGAUUUGCAUAGAAGACGAUCAAGCGGAAGGCCUGUCCUGAGAUAUGGUGAUUGGAUGUGGCCGCUCUGAUUCUCAAACAUGGUAGACAUCACAAGGGUACGGCCGGAAUAUGGUAGAUCUGUUGAUUCGAGGGAUAUCGAUGGUAGCAUGCAGCAAACCAUCCAAGCUGUUGGAGGCACGGGAAAGUAGGUCAGCAUGGGCAAUUUAAAUGUGUUAACUACAGAGAAAGUAACGCUGAAGCAAUUCCACCAUGAUCCAGGGACUGAUGGGAUGAUAUAAGGAACAGGACUACUGGAGUGAUGGUGCUUGAGGUGCCCUGCGACCCCUGCCUGCUCUGUGGGUGCUGGGUGUGAUAGAAAACAUCGAGAGCAAGCAGCAGCAGUAGCAGCAGCCAGAAUCCGUUGUAAUCAUAUACAUCAUCGCGCCUGCAACACGGAAUGGACCAUGGCAGCCAAAAAGGUUGUUGAGCUUUGAGAUGCAUGGAUCAAUUUUCUUCUGUCGCAUUUACCGUCUCUCUAAAAUGAUGUGCGGUGCAUCACUGUCGUCAGCGUUCAGUGACAUAGGAAACAAAUCGUUGGUGUUCCUUUUCUCCCUGGUACAUUCCUGGGUACAUUACAUGUAAUUUUUGACUGAAAGAACAAGUUUCUUGUUGUUCCCCGCAAAACCAAAAAUAAAUAAAUAAACAAGUUUGUUUUCGUACACGCUGCCGUAAGAAGAAUAAAAACCAA